UUAUCUGUCUCUUGUUGCCCCCCCACCCCUCCCCUCUCAGAGCAUAAAAGGGCAUACGAUGAUGGAGAUGGGGAUGAAGAAGCCCAUCUCGUCUCUUGCCCUCUUCGAUCUCUCUGAUGUUGAGAUUUGAUGAAAAAUGGACCUUUGAGGUUCGCAUCCGGGUUGAAAUCUGGAGAUUUUGAUCGAAAUUGGAGAGACCCAUGGCUUGAUUUCUUCGUUUUAUUGGCUAAUAUUGACGGGUUUGUGAAAAAUCUCAGAUUUUGGUGGCUUUUGCUUUGUGUUAUUGGCUAAUAUUGAGGUUCUUGCUAGUGCUUUUGUUGAAUUUUCUGUAUGGAGGGUGAAGCAUCAUGGGACCUUUAUCCUCUCAGCCAUUUCAGAGUCGAGUUAACUAGUUACCGAGCAAUUUCUGAGCACAACGACACUUGUGAAGAGGGCACAAUUUCCAUAGAUAACAUACUCCCCGAUGAUAUAUUAGAGAGAAUCCUCUCUUUUUUGCCCAUUGCUAGUAUAUUCAGAGCCUCGUCCGUGUGCAAAAGAUGGUAUGAUAUCGUUAAUUCAAGAAGGUUCCUAUGGGCCGUCAAGCUCCCCCAAAAGCCAUGGUACUUUAUGUUCACAUGUAAUGAUUCUGCUUCGGGUUAUGCAUAUGACCCUGUUCUUCGCAAAUGGUAUAAUUUCGAACUCCCUUGCAUUGAGCAUAGCAAUUGGUUUAUCUCUUCUUCGAGUGGACUGGUUUGUGUUAUGGAUAAUGAUAGUAGAAGUCACAUUUUUGUUUGUAAUCCAAUCACAAGAGAUUGGAAGAGGCUUGUUGAACCUCCGGGAGUCCAAUACCCUGAUUAUAGUGCUCUUGCCAUAUCUGUGGAUAGAGAGAAUCAUACCUAUAACGUUGCUAUGGCGAAAUCUAAGCAAGUUCCUGGUGAUUAUCUAAGAUGGGAGUUAUCUAUUCUCAUAUAUGAAUCUGAGACUCAAUUGUGGGUGACUUCCAUUAAAGAGGUUUUAAUGGGAUGGAGGGGAGGUGAUGAGUGUGUUAUAUGCAAUGGAGUGGUUUACUGUUUAAUUCACUCCACGGGCAUUUUGGGAAAUUCCGACCUCCGCCAUGGACUCAUUGUUUACAAUCUUACAACAAGAUUCCCUCACAAUUCAAUUUUGCAAACUUUGAUUCCGGCCCCUUGUCCUCUUACUUGUGGCCGGUUAAUGAACUUGAAAGAUAAAGUGGUGAUGGUUGGUGGUAUUGCAAAGUAUGAUAGGCCGGAUAUUAUCAAGGGAAUUGGUAUUUGGGAGCUUCAUAAAAAAGAAUGGAGAGAAAUUGCUCGAAUGCCUCAUAAAUUUUUUCAAGGAUUUGGAGAACUUGAUGAUGUUUUUGCAAGCAGUGGUUUUGAUGGUCUCGUCUAUAUUCAGAGUUAUGGAUCUACUGCUUUGCUUGUGUUUGAUAUGAAUCAGAAGCAGUGGAAAUGGUCUACAAAGUGUCCUGUGACAAAGAGGUUUCCUCUUCAGCUUUUCUCUGGUUUUUGCUUUGAACCGAGGCUUGAAGUUACUGCUUGAUUUCAUUGUUCUCUGUGUUGCGAUUCUCUUUUGCAGAGGAAGGUUUUUAUGGAUUUGGAGAAAGGUAUAGAAGUUUGAUAUUUUUAUAUAAUUAUUGAUGAAAGUGUUGGUGAUCAAAAUAUUUAUCUUUUUUGUUUUUGUUCUUUGCUACCUUCUUCAUGAAGCUUAAGCUUGUGACAUGUUUAAGCAGAGUUGAUUAAUAGAAAGUUAAAUUUCUGCUUCAUA